UUAUCUCCGCGCGGGGGUUGGGAUGGGCCGAAAUUUUUUCACCGGAAAGGGCCCGCACCAUCACGAAUAAGAAUUUCGAAAAAAAAAAUUAGUUUGUUCUUUGCGGAAAAUUAGGAAAACGAACGAAACCGGCCCUAUAGAGUUCCACGCGCCAUUUUGGAUACCUUUGUGCGGCGUUGUCGUGUUUACGAUAAAUUAGCAAAAGUUCCUACCAAGAUAUUAAAUUUGAAAAAAAAGUUUGGUUAUUUGGUGGGCAUUUGUCUUCUCCAGGGACGCGGAUUUUUUCUGAGAUUUUGGAAAUAUCAAUCUUACCUAUAAUAAAAAAACGACAUCGUUGUUCAAUGUCGCGAGAAAAAAUUACUAAAUUACAAAAUUGUAAAUUGAAAAAUGAUUACACCGUUUGUUUUAAAAAAGUAAUGAUCAAAAUAUUUUGCAGUAAUUUUUCUGUUAUUUUGACUAGUUUAAAAAUUACUGGCGAUUUUUUAUGGGCCCUUUCCGUGACAAGAAUUGUUUUUUUCGAACCGAGUGGUCUUAGCAGGUGGAUAAGAUCGGGCCCUAUUGGAUUCAUUUGCGUGAUCGUCCAGGACGCAGACAGUUGUAUGAGAAGGACUGAAUGACUUUUCCGACACAUUUCUUGGGCGACAGUUUAAAGAACGAAAUCCUUGUCGAUCGCAUGCCGCCUUAAGCGUAUUAAAUAUGUGAAGAUUUCGCGGACACAAUGGACGAGGAGGUCGAGCCAGGGUCAGAGGAAGGUCACCUUUUGGUGCGUAUCCACGUGCCGGAACUGAACGUCCAAAAGUGCCUUCAGUUCCCGCGGGACCAACUCGUCUGGGACGUCAAGCAGCAAUGUCUUGCCGCUUUGCCCAAGGAGCUAAAAGAGAGCUUCAACUAUGGCUUGUUCUGUCCGCCAGAGAACGGCCGGGCUGGCAAGUUUCUGGAUGAGGAGAGACGCCUGAGGGAUUAUCCGUUCAACGGACCCGUCGGCUACCUCGAGUUAAAGUACAAACGACGGGUAUACAAGAUGAUCUCAUUGGACGAGAAACAGUUGAAAAGUCUUCACACGAGGGCGAACCUGAGACGGUUUUUGGACUACGUGCAAAAUGUCCAGGUGGAGAAAGUAACGAAGAUGUGCAACAAGGGUUUGGACCCCAACUUCCAUUGCCAGGACUCGGGUGAGACGCCACUGACAAUCGCGACGACCGUCAAAAAACCGGCGAAACUGAUCAUCGCGCUCGUCAACGGUGGCGCCAUCUUGGAUUACCGUACCAAAGACGGUUCGACCGCUCUGCACCGCGCGAUCGAACACAAGAGCCUCGAAGCGCUCAAGACGCUCCUCGAACUCGGAGCCUCGCCCAACUACAAGGACAACAAGGGGCUAACCCCCCUCUACUUCACCGUCAGUCCUAACGUCGACCCGGUGUUCGUGGAAACCCUCCUUCACGACCAUGCCGUGACCGGAGCCCAGGACACUCAGGGAUGGCAGGAAGUCCAUCAGGCGUGCAAAAUCGGUCUGCUGGCUCACCUAGAACACCUGCUGUUCUACGGCGCAGACAUGAACGCGCGGAACGCGUCUGGCAACACCCCUCUCCAUGUCUGCGCGGUCAACGGGCAGGAAUCUUGCGCGCGGCAGCUUCUGUUCCGGGGGGCGGACAAACACGCCCUCAAUUACGCCAACCAGACGCCGUGUCAGGUCGCGGUCAUCGCGGGCAACAUGGAACUGGCUGAAAUCAUACAGAACUACCGCCAAGAGGAUGUCGUGCCGUUCCGCGGCCCCCCAAGCUAUAACCCGAAGCGUAGAUCCGCCAUCGGGUGGCUGAACAGAACCCCAUCCAUGAGUACCCUCGCCUUACCACCUUCCCCAUGUCCUAGCGAUAGGUCCUCCAUACCCUUUAGCUCGGCCAGCUCCAGCCUAAGUGAGGGCAGCAGCGUACCACCGGAAACUGACACGGCAAGUAUAGUCACAGUGCUCGCACUGGGUGUUGCAGAUAAAAGUCUCGGCGACACCAGCGACAUCAUUAGCGACAGUUCCGGCGUCGGUACUGCCAAUUCCGACACUACCAACUGCAGCAUCUCGAUACCUGGCAGCACCGUGGUCUGUGUCGAGUCUUACAGUUCAAAGGACAAGGGUCACAUCAGCAUCAGGGAGGGGGAACUCAUCGAGGUUACUGCUGCAACAGAUGACGGCUUCCUAGAGGGUAACGUCAGGAGUACCGGUCAUCGCUGCGGCCUGUUUCCGGCUCAUUGCGUCCAAGAAGUAAAACUGCGACAUCAUAACAUCCAGGCACCCAUGAUGGUGGCCAGGGACGCGAGGACGCCAUGCCAGACAAACGGCAGGGUAGUAGGUAGGCGAGAAAGCACAUCCAAACAAUUCGCCACCGCUCCCAGAGCCAGGAAGGGUUACACGGGCUCGACCCGCGAUACCCGUACCGUCGUCCUUCACAAGGGCCGCAAAGGUUUCGGUUUUAUCCUUCGCGGAGCUAAGGCGAUGUCGCCGCUGAUGGAGAUAACACCUACAGAAAAGUGUCCAGCGUUGCAGUACCUCGACGACGUCGACCCAGGAGGCGUGGCGGAUAUGGCCGGUCUGAAAAAGGGCGACUACCUCCUGGAGAUUAACAACGAAGACGUGUCGUCGGCCUCACACGAACACGUCGUCGACUUGAUUAGGAAAUCCGGUGACUUGGUGCAAAUGACGGUGAUUUCCUGGGACGGCACAUCAACUCAAGGCACGCUGCACAUGAGCAGGUCCACCAUUCUUCCGGGUGGGAUCCAGGAAAUUCCAGUCGUGACAAGACAAUUCGCGACGUUGCCGCGGAAAGGUAACACGGCGGGGAUGAACGGCAGGUCGUCACAUGCGCCCCUUCCUCCGAGGAGGGAUCCGAAGACGACUCUCAGUAUCGGGAGGGCGCGGGCGAGGAGUCUGGUCGCUGGUCUAGGUGGAGACAGAGACGAGACUGACGAUAUGACUAAAUCUAGCUCUGCGGAGUCCAUACAACAAACUCCUUGCGGGACAGGCAACUCGACGCCGGUAGUCCAGCCGAGGACGGCGUCCAUCAGGCAGCGUCCGACGUCGACGAGGAUAGCGCACACGGCGCUCGAGGAAUUGUUCCAGAAACAGUCAGAGAACACGCUGAGCACCAGCUCGUCCACUGUCGGGGAAGGCGUUCAUUCUAGCUCACCUUUGAAGGGAAAGGUCUACGCUAGUGUGGCCGAAAUGAAACGCAACAAAAACAAGCACCCUCGAACGAAAUUCGUAGACGUCUUUGGCGGGGCAAACGGCACUCUGAAGCGCGACUUUCACAGCACGCCCGACCUAGUCCAGGUCUACGUAGGCUCCCGGACGUUGCCGAACAAGAGCCACCGUAGCCAAGAGGACUUGUUUGCCUUGGCGACUGCGUCCAACCGAAAUCUACCACCUCCGACGUACCCUCCGCCUCCGCCGCCGCCCCAGGUGCAAGUAGUCAAAGUGGAAGUGGCAAGAGAAUACGAUACCCUUAGGAAAGAGAUGCUCGAAGAAGGUGUCGUGUCUUCGUUCAAACCAACCUCGAGCGCCAAACUAUACGCCUCUCCGGAGGAUAUGAAGACUGUCGGGUACAGAUCGAAGAGUUUGCCGUCUCAUUCCUCCCGUUCACAGAUAAGAAAAUCGCACAGCAUGAAGACGGCGUCGCCCCAGGUUGUCAAACUAUACCAGCAACAAGCAAGUAACCCCUACGCUCAACCUAUCAGACCUGCAAGGUCGAAUUCGACAUUGAGUGGUAGGACCAAAAGGAAAAAGCCUGGACCUGUGAAAAUCUGUCAAACGGGGGCGGCGCCCACUAUCCCGGAACCUGAUUACAGUUGUAGCGACUCGGAAAGGGACAGUGAUGGAGAACGAAAGGCCUUGGGGGAUUUAGCUGCCAGAUUGACAGCCGUCCAGCCGCAACCUGUCGAGAACAGCGGCAACAGCAUCGCGAGUGGGAGCAGCUCAGGUAGCGGUUCCGUGCCGCAUAGUUUCAACGUCGAGGAGAUUCAGAAAUGCAGGUCGCAGUUGAAGUCAUCCAAGUCCUACCCAGACGACUUCUUCAAGAAGCAGGCCAAAACGGAUAAGAUAGACGCUGAGGACGGGGAUAAUAGCUCGUCCGGGGUUAGUUCGGAUCAAGAAGUGACCGCGGUUUCGGGCGAUUGCGACCAUCAAGGCGGCGGAGUGCUCAGCGUCAAGGCUCAGAGGCAACAGGCGGGUCACCUGAAGAGGCACGCAGUGUCCCUGGCGCAACUCCCGCCCCCAAUCGAGAGCGAAACCGAUGAAAAGGAGGACUUCUGCUUACCGCCGCCGCCCGAAUUCAUCGAAAACCAAUCGAAUUUCGUCCAUGGUGAAGAGGUGGUCGUCGCUCCGCCCCCUCAGUUCAGCGACAACCGUCAAGUGACGAGGGUGCGGAUCGUGGGCGCGUUACCUAAGGCCGCGCCCCCUAACUCCGCCCAGAAAAUUAAACAGGGCCGGCUUCACAGUCAGUGAUUCCCGCGCGGUUCGAACCCAUUAGCACCGAUAAUUUUUUGUCAAGAAAUUAAUGGGCGGACUUUUCCAAAUUUUAUCCGUCGUCGUCAAUAAUUACCCGGUUCGAUGAUAAUGGCCCGCGGGAGAGACAGAAAAAUAUCUCGGCACGGUUUUUUUGAACAAGUUGUCGUAUGGGGUGUGACAGUAAAUGCAAUGUCUACGUACACAUUUUUUAGCCUAAUUAGUUGCGUGCUAACCAGUUUUAGAAAAAAAGUUUUAUGCCACUGCAUUUUUUGCAACAUAACAGAACUAGUUUAUGAGAUAACUCGCAAUUUCUGUUUUAACGUCACUGAGCGAAUUUUAUUUGCCCAAAAUUACUUAUUUACUUAAUAUGAAAGAAAAAUUAUGGGUGGCCUAAGUUUUUUAUCAAAAAAUUUUAUGUCUUAAUAAAGUGUCUUUUUUCUACAAUUAACCCUGCCGAAUUUCAGCAACAUGGUAAAAGUGAUUAUUUAAAAAUAUUUAUGAAAAAACGAUAAUCUGUUUAAAAAGUUUGCUGCGCUCAUUAGGGACAACAGUGUACAGUAAUUCGACAAAAAUUAUUGGCAAAUUGUAUAAAACCUAACCUUAACUGAGAUUUGACUGUUCUUGUCGCGGUGUUUCGCAAUCGCAGCCGAUUUCAUUUUUCUUCCGCUCCGAAACGUCUGGCCCAAUUUGUGCAACUUUACUCCUGUUUUACGUCAUCCCACGUGUAUUUUUGUUUGUAAUGCACCGGGUGAUCGAAGAGUACGGUCUCUACCCUUCCCCACCAUCAAAUUUUUCCACAAUUUUUCGAAAAUACAUAAUAUGAGAUACAACAGACAGACAGAAUUUUGGAAACUUGUCUAUUUUUUGUUUGUAUUUUGACGCGAAAUGAACUAAAAAUGGUGCAUAUGUAUUUCAUCAGAUUACCUUGCUCAACAUCACCCGGUAUGUACCAUAGAUACGUCUGUAAUUAUAGGUUUCGGUGCUCUCCUUCGGGGCAUAUCGGCCGCAGUUGUUGUACGAAAAAAGGCUUUGUACGCCGACUGCGACGGGCCUGAUCCGAACCGCGGAUAUUUUUGUAAUUUAUAAUAUAGCCCGCGUAACUUUAUUUAUUUAAUAUUAUAUAUUCGUUGUAAUCGGCGCCCUUUGCGCGAAAUUUAACACUCAUAACGUAUUUAAGUGUACAUAAUAAUCCACCAUUAUUAAUUACUAGAUAAACACUUAGACACGCAUAUGCGCGCAUAUACUGGGUGAUUCGCGCAAACCCACCAUUAAAAGUUUACCGGGAAAUUCUUCCGUUUUGUCAGGAAAUGACGUCGCCUUAUUUUUUUUAAUUUUGGAAUCAUCAAAGUCGAAAAAAAAGUGCAAUAAGAGCAGUAAAUGAAUAUAUAAAAAAUAAAAUGAAAUACAGAGUAAAAGUACAUUAAAAAAUAAAUAUAUUAAUUCACUUGUUAAAGUUAAAGAAAUCCCACUGAAUUUUGUAAAUGAUUUUUUUUAAAUUGUCUAUUUUAUGAGUCUUGUUUCGAUCGAAGGCUAGACUGCGUCUGCUUAGGUCAUUUAUAUUAAACAUAAUAAAAUGUAAAAUGAAAGAAACGGUUUGGGCGAAUAACCUUGUAUAUACAGGAUGUUCCAUGCCAUAUUAUCCAUACUAUUAUGAUACCAUAGUUAGAGAAGAUAAAAAAUAAGAUUAGUCGUUAGAAAGUGUUGAAAAUAAAACUUUUUCCAAAAACAAAAACAAUUACCAUAAAAACAUACAGGUCACAAUAUCCAGUUUCCGUGCCUACUAAUAUUUGUAAAAUUAAAUCGUUAUUAAAUUAUACAUUUUUGGACAUUUCUGUUUUAAUUUAUAGCAGCAUGUGUUGGUUCAUGGCGGAUAAGGUAUGGGACACCCUGUAUAGAACGCAGUAGGUACAGCCAUAUUGUAACCAGAAUCUCAUUGCGCGUCGGUCAGCGCGCGGUUCCACUAAAAAUAAAUCAGCUCCCCCACCCCCUCCCACGUAUUUUGCUCAAAACUGUGUGCACGUAUGUCUAUUUUUUAACCGUUGAAAAGUGCCUUUUGUUUCGUAUCGUUUUGUGUUUUUUUUUGUUGGAGGGUGGGGAGGUUAUUAUUUCUAACCUAAUUUCGGAUAUUCAACGCGCGCUCGCAUGCGCCCGCCUUUACCUAGAUUUUUUAUCGGUACUCUUUUUCAUGAUUCUAGGUGAUUAAAAUAUUUCCGGUGGUAUUCGUCUAGCGUACUGCAAUAAUAUCGUCUGUAUAUAAUUUAAUAAAA